GAGAGAGAGAGAGAGAGAGAGAGAGAUGAUAAGAGUGAGGGAGUUCGAUGUGGAGAAGGACUUGAAGGCUGUGGAGGAGAUGGAGAGCCGAUGCGAGGUCGGUCCAACGGACGCUGGCGCCGGCAGCAACAAGAAGAAGAAGAAGAGAAGCAUGUCUCUCUAUGUGGACCUGUUAGGCGAUCCCUUGUGUCGCGUCCGCCAUGCGCCUGACCACGUUAUGCUGGUAGCGGAGUACGGGGAGAAGAAGGAGAUGGUGGGGGUGAUACGGGCGUGCAUUAAGAUGGUGACGAGGGGACGGACAUCCUCCGGCUUUCUCCCUGCCUACGUCAGGAUCGCUUACAUUCUCGGCCUCCGAGUCUCUCCCUUUCACAGGCGGCUGGGAAUCGGGACGAAGCUGGUGGAACGAGUGGAGUUAUGGUGCGCGGCGCGCGGCGCGGAGUACGCGUACAUGGCCACUGAUCCGGCCAACUCGGCCUCCCUCAACCUCUUCACUCGCCGCCUCUCCUACUCCCGCUUCCGCUCCCCGGUCCUCCUCGCCCACCCCGUCCACUCCCAUCUCCUGCCGCUGUCCCCCUCCGUCGCCGUCCUCCGCCUCCCUCCUUCCGCUGCCAUCGCCCUCUACUCCCGCCUCCUGCCGCCCUCCGCCGUUGAGUUCCUCCCCUCCGACCUUCCUACCCUCCUCUCCCACGACCUCACCCUCUCCACCUUCCUCGCCAUCCCCUCCUCCUCCUCCGCCUCUUCCGUGAUCACCACCAACGCCUUCUCCCUUUCCGACCUCCCCUCCUCCUUCGCCAUCAUGAGCCUGUGGGACUCCACGCGGGUCCUCCGCCUCCGCGUAGCCGGGGCCCCGCCGGCCGCCCGCGCCGCCCUCGCCCUCCUCCGCACCGUCGACGCCAGGGCCCCCUGGAUGCGGGUCCCCUCCAUCCGCGACAUCUUCAGGCCCUUCGGGGUCUACAUCAUGUACGGGCUCCACAUGGCGGGGCCCGAGGGGCCGCGGCUGAUGCGGAGCCUGUGCCGGCUGGCGCACAAUGCGGCGGUGGCCGACGAGAACUGCGCCGCCGUGGUGGCGGAGCUCGGACGCGGCGACCCGGUUCGUGCAGCAGUCCCGCACUGGAAGCGCUUCUCCUGCGAGGAGGACGUGUGGUGCAUGAAGAGACUACGCGGCGGCGGCGACGACGCGAUCCACGGCGACGACUGGCUCGCCUCGCCGCCGACGACGGACGUCAUAUUCGUGGACCCCCGCGAGUUCUGAGCCAUGGAUCGGAUGGUCGUCAUCCAUCGUCUCUUCUCUCUUCUUCUUCUUCUCCGUCGUCGCAUGUCUUCUUCAUGUUUUGGUGUACGUACGAUGAUGAAGACCGCGCAUUGUAAUGUCACUGCCAAGCUUCGAACGAUUCGGUGCCCGAAUUACUCGAGUCGAGUCUUCAUGCAUAAAAUUUCCUGAAAUCAAAUGAGCAUUGGGACUCACAAUUUCGUGGU